GCCGUGCUGGAAAAACCGGGCGCCAAGACUGAUUCUGCUUCCCAAGCCGUGUCUGAAAAGACGCCUCUGGCCACAGAGUCCAAGUCCUUUGCGGUGGGGAUGUUCAAGGGUCAGAUCAACACCGAGCAAGUUUUCCCUUAUCCUUCAGCCCUCACUGCGGAUCAAACCCAAACCUUGCAAGAACUGGUGGGCCCAGUCUCUCGAUUCUUUGAGGAGGUCAAUGAUCCAGCCAAAAAUGACACAUUGGAGAAAGUGGAGGAGAAGACCAUGCAAGGGCUGAAGGAGCUGGGCGCUUUUGGACUGCAGAUCCCAGUCCACCUGGGCGGCCUGGGGCUCAGCAACACACAGUAUGCCCGGCUGGUGGAGAUAGUUGGCAUGCAUGACCUUGGGGUGGGCAUCACCCUCGGGGCUCACCAGUCGAUCGGCUUCAAGGGCAUCCUCCUCUAUGGCAACCAGGCCCAGAAGGAGAAAUAUCUCCCCAAACUGGCAACAGGGGAGACCAUUGCUGCCUACUGCCUGACGGAGCCCGCCAGCGGCUCGGACGCAGCUUCCAUCCGCUCUUCGGCGCAGCUGAGCCCCUGCGGCACCUACUACACCCUGAACGGCAGCAAAAUCUGGAUCAGCAACGGCGGCAUUGCGGACAUAUUUACCGUUUUUGCGAGAACUCCAGUAAAGGACGAGACGACGGGCGAAGUCAAGGACAAGAUAACCGCCUUCAUCGUGGAGCGGUCUUUUGGCGGGGUCACAUCCGGACCCCCGGAGAAGAAAAUGGGUAUCAAGGCCUCCAACACAGCCGAAGUUCACUUUGACGGGGUCCGCGUCCCGGCCGAGAACGUCUUGGGGGCGCCUGGCACUGGGUUCAAGGUUGCCAUGAACAUCCUCAACAAUGGGCGUUUCGGGAUGGCAGCCGCCCUGGCCGGCACCAUGCGCGGGAUCAUCACCAAAGCGGCGGAUUUUGCAGCAAACAGGACACAGUUCGGUGAUAAAAUACACAAUUUUGGAACAAUCCAAGAGAAGCUGGCACGGAUGGCGAUGCUCCAGUAUGUGACGGAGUCCAUGGCUUACAUGAUUAGCGCAAACAUGGAUCAAGGGGCUUCUGACUUCCAAACUGAGGCAGCCAUCAGCAAAAUCUUUGGCUCAGAAGCUGCCUGGACUGUCACUGACGAAUGCAUCCAGCUCAUGGGGGGAAUGGGCUUCAUGAAGGACGCUGGCGUGGAGCGAGUGAUGCGCGACCUACGGAUAUUCCGGAUCUUUGAGGGAACCAACGAUAUCUUGCGACUGUUUGUUGCCCUGAAUGGAUUCCAGAAUGCAGGCAACCAGCUCCGCGGAUUGCAGCGUGCCAUGAAGAAUCCUCUUGGGAACGCCGGGUUGCUGGUCACCGAGGUUGGGAAGCGAGUGCGCAGGAGAGCCGGCUUGGGAACCGGGAUUUCGCUCACGACCGUUGUUCAUCCAAGCCUGAGUUCGAGUGGCGAACAGACGGUUCGUGCCAUCGAUCUCUUUGCCGGUGUGGUGGAAGAGCAGCUCCUUAAACAUGGCAAGAAGAUCAUUGAUGAACAGUUUGUGUUGAAACGCAUCGCCGACAGCGCCAUCGAUUUAUAUGCCAUGGUGGUGGUCCUCUCAAGAGCAUCCCGGUCGCUGGAGCAAGGGCAGCCCACAGCCCAGCAUGAGAAGAUGCUCUGUGACACAUGGUGCAUUGAGGCGUACGACCGGGUCACCCGAAACCUGACCUCCCUGAGGUCCGACACCACGCGGCAACUCUUCAAGAACCUCCGGGGCAUCUCCAAAGCAGUGGUGGAGAACGAAGGGGUGGUUUCCCCCAACCCACUGGGCAUCUGAGACGCCCCGACAAAGCCUGGCAGUUUCCAGGCCUGCUCCAUGCGCACACCACCCUCCAUGCUCCUGCAGAGAUAAAUGUUUAGUGCCUGCAGAUAAUGUGGCAGAGGUGGGUGGGAAGGAGUCAUCCACAGCGUUGUAUUCCUUGUUCUAAAAGGGCUCAGUGGCACUGUGGGAGACAAAUACCUCUUUGCUAUAGAAAUGCCUUAAUGCACUCUUUAAUAAUAAGGGUGGAUGCAAUCGUAUUGCAAGCCAUAGUUGCCCUAAGCUCAAAAAUUGGAAGGGAAGCCUUAAAUUUACUUCUGUAUUUGGCUUCUCCAGUGAGCAUGGAAAUUACAUACCUGGAGCUCUCCAUUUGUUGACUUCCGUCCUUCCCUCAAGUUAUUCUAAAGUUUCGAGGGAUUCACAUUGUCUGAAUUGUUAAACCAAAGGCCACCUGAUUGUUUUGUUUCCUGUUCCAAACAUUCACUUGCAUAAAAAUUCAAUAGCAUGUUGUUAAACCGGUUCAGGUUGUUGUAUUUUUCUUUGUGAUUAACUAUUAAAUACCUUUGACAAAUGUUUGGAAUGAA